GCGUGGCCUGGCUACUCUCUGCUUGGUAGAAGCACACCCAUCGAGCCCAACCCACAGAAUACCGAGCCCCGAGAACAUGAAGCACCAGUUCCCCAGAUGGCCCCAUUGACGGAAAGAUAUCUUUGGCGUUGAUUGCGCCGAGGGUUGGGCCACUUAAUAUGGCCUAUACAUGGAUGUCAUGAAGUCCUUAAAAGGAGGAGAGCGGUAAGUCGUAGAUAGAAGACACUCUUUUCUUACUUCAUCUCCCUCCAGACAGCUUCAUAUUUAAGCACCCACUCUACCGAGUCUUAUAUUUACAGCCACUGAUAUGCGCUCUAUGAUCCACGCCAUCAGUGCUGCGGCAUUUGUUGGGGAAUUUGUUGCCGUCGUGCAAGCCGCAACCCUCACCGAUGUGUGUACCACCUCUUACGUCCAAGCCUCCCUGCCGCCCGACGGCACAUUCAACGGCAUCAGUAUUGAUCCCUCGUCCGUGGUGGUCCAUCCCGUUACCAAUUAUUCGGCCACGGGCUCUGUCUUCUAUCCAAAUGGAACAUUUGACUACUGCAAUGUUACCUUCACCUACACCCAUAGCGGACUUGGCGACACUGUGGAGCUAGCCUACUGGCUUCCGACUCCUGCAAAUUUCCUAAAUCGUUUCCUAACCAUCGGAGGUGCGGCCGAGGCCAUCAACACCGGCACUCAAAACCUCCCUGGAGGUGUUCUCUACGGAUCCGUUUCCGGCAUCACGGAUGGAGGCUUCGGUAGCUUCAGCACUGACUACGAUGUGAUCUCCCUUAUCACCAAUGGAACUAUUGACCGGCAGGCGCUGUACAUGUUCGGAUAUCAGGGCAUCCACGAAAUGACCAUCAUCGGCCAGGAAUUUACUAAGCUCUUCUUUAACAUGUCCGAUGCAAAGUUGUAUUCCUACUACCAAGCCUGUUCGGAAGGUGGGCGUGAGGGAUGGAGUCAAAUCCAGAGAUUCGGUGGCCAGUUCGAUGGUUCCAUUGUGGGAGCACCUGCCUUGCGAUACGGCUUCCAGCAAGUCAAUCAUAUGUACUCUGGUGUCGUGGAGAAGACGUUAGGUUAUUAUCCUCCCUCAUGCGAGAUGGAGAAGAUUGUCAACUUGACGAUCAGUGCUUGUGAUCCCCUGGACGGAAAGACUGAUGGAGUGGUGGCACGGAUGGAUCUCUGCAAGUUGAAUUUUAACCUGAACUCUACCAUUGGCACUGCAUACUCUUGUGCCAGUAGCUCAGGUAGUUUUGGGAAAAGACAGGCAGGCGGAGGGACCACUACGCCAGCUCAAAAUGGGACAAUAUCGACCCAGGCGGUGGCGGUUGCCAACAAAGUUAUCGAUGGCCUCCUUGACUCGGCAGGCCUUCGGGUUUACCUGUCAUUCCAGCCUGCUGCUGACAUCUCUGGCGAUACAAGCUAUGAUUCAGACACAGGCUUGUGGGAAACAACCGCCAAUACUGGCGGGGGAGCUGAGUGGGUGGCCAGGUGGCUCAAUCUGGUCGAAAGCUCGACAAUCGGAAAUUGGGACAACGUCACCUAUGACACCCUCAAAGAAUGGAUGCUCCAAGGUUGGCAGACGUACGAGGAUGUUUUGCAGACGACUUGGCCGGAUUUGACGCCCUACUACUCGGCCGGUGGUAAAAUCCUUCACUUCCAUGGAGAAUCCGAUAACAGCAUUCCUACAGCGUCAUCCGUUCGAUAUUUUGAAUCGGUCCGCAGUAUUAUGUACCCGAGGUUAUCCUAUAACGACAGCAUUUCCGAGAUGAAUGACUGGUAUCGCCUUUUCCUUAUUCCUGGAGCGGCCCACUGCGCAACGAAUGAUCUGCAGCCUAAUGCGCCUUUCCCGCAGACCAACCUGGCUGUGAUGAUUGACUGGGUUGAAAACGGAGUUGAACCGACGACGCUGAAUGCAACGGUUCUACAAGGCGAGUAUGAGGGCGAGACUCAGGACAUCUGUGGUUGGCCAUUGAGACCAUACUGGAAUAAUGGAACCAUGGAGUGCCAGUACGACCAGGCUUCCAUCAAUUCUUGGCUGUACAACUUUGACGCAAUCAAAAUGCCGGUCUAUUAAAUGUAUUUCUGGCCGGUACGAUGAUCAAUGGUUGAAGUAAAGGAAGGCAAUGCUAAGUGCAGCGGUUUCUGGGGCUGAUUGUGUAUGAUAUUUUCAGAAUAAAUGUACUAGGAACCUGCUCUCCGUGCAACAGUUUGUUGGAUCGGAGGAUUCAGGGGAUGCAGGCUGGCGCAAAGGAGGAGGUCAUCACGGCAGGGCAAGAGGAAGAGAGGAUGGAGUUCAGUAGGAGCUAGAUGAAUGAGUGUGGUGUAGAAGAACGCAUUAUGGAACGAGAGAAUAGAUAUGGAAGUGUUUAUACACCGGAAUGCAGAGCAAUUUUUGUUGAAGGG